AUGGCGGCUCCCUCGCACAACACCCGCCCCAACGGCCCAGCCCUGUCGUCAAAUGACGACAACUGGGAUUCAGGGUACUCAGAGGUCGCCUGGACCAACCCAGCCUGUUAUCCCACACCGGCGAUGCCGGUCGGACAGCACUGGUUACACCACGCACCACAUAGCAAUUCGAACCCCGAGCACUCCAAUGGCAAGGAUCUCGUCCUUCAAUUCCUCGCCGGAAGAACCUCUCGACACUACGAAUUACGAAAAUACAUGUGCACAUGGGGCAGGGGCACAAUCCCGUCAAGCGGCGGGCAUCGAGUAUGUGUUCACGAUUAA